UGUGAUGCCUGCGUGUUGGUGGUGCAAUGGUUGUUAUCCUUGUCUGUGAAUCUCCUAGCCGGGGGUUCGAAUCCAAGCCAAGACAGAUGGCGUGACAACUCGUUCUCCGUCAUGAGUGGACUGCAGGAGGUAAACUAUUUCAGUGACAUGAUAUGUUACGGAAAACCAAGGAGACGGAAUGAGGCAUCGCAGCAAAGCGCCUCUCAGUGAAUGUUUCUUAAACUCAGCCACACCAAAGCAAGUAUAACAUUCCCUACCUUCCCACGCAAAGGCAUACGAGUAACAACGCAGUGUGAUAAUUACUCUCUCUCUCUCUCUCUCUCUCUCUCUCUCUCUCUCUCUCUCUCUCUCUCAUCAGAAACUCAAGUAUAGCCAACUCAUGGACACAUUCAUAGCAUAACACCACGGAGUUUUCCCAUCUACUGAUUCUAAUUUCACACAAACAUUAAGUCACCUGGCUCGGAUGAAGAAUUACAACUAUAUCGUGACUGGCCAGCAUCACCUCUGACGCAAUGCCAGGGUGCGCUGUGAUUGGCCGACGAGCUGUGACGUGUCCUAUCGCUCGGCAGGGACUCACGGCGAGGGCGGUCAGUCUGGCGGUAGUGUACCAUGAACUGUGAAGGUGGGAGGGCUAUGAACUGUUGCAAGGAGACUGUCAAGGCGUGGGAGAGGUCGUGACGUUUCAAGGUCGUUUGAGAAGGUGCGGAAGAAAAGUCAUUAAGGUAACAAGCCAGAGUACUACUACAUUUGUCCUCGCACCUCCGCGGCUUUGAAAUUAUACCCGCCUGAUCCGAGCCAAUAAAAAAGAAUAAGGAGAGUGACGGUAGAUUAGCGCCUCGUGAGUACCUGAGCCGUUGUAAAGUGUGUGAAGCGCGUGUAAGCCUUAGGGUGACGGUGAUGUAACUCCCCGGCUCUGUGUGUGGCGAGAAAGUUAUUGUCUCGACAUUCCGGUAGACAAGUAACCAUCGGGUGCAUUCCAUGUUCCCAAAACCUGUUCCGUCCUGCUAGUGGGUUUUUCUUGAGGCAGGUGCUUGUUGGACGCUCCCGGAGACUCAAGUAGAGGAGGGAGACUGCCCUUGCUGCUUCUUGCGUCGCGACACUGCGCAGGGGAAGAAAUCAUCAGCCCCGUGACGCAAGAAAGGUUAGCCUGCCACUCCAGCCGCGCGUCUUGCCUCGUCACCACGCAUCCGCAGCCGCACAGACGUCCCCAGCAUCAAAUAACGAUAGAAAACUUAAAAUCACCCAGAAAUCGCAGCGCAAUCAGCUACAGGAGGAGGGAGAGACAACAAACCGUAUUUAACUCAAAAUUUCGUGCCUCUGUCAUAAACGAAGUACAAAGGAACACGUCUACGGACACUAGACGGUAACAAGAGUGACCUUGAACGCGUAACCGAGUGGAACAACAGGAUAAGUGAGUGGAGUGAGUGAGGGCGACAGUGAACGUCACUUUGAGCCACUGCUGACGACGAGGUGGACGGGAUGGAGCUGACGGGGUCGACGGAGGGGCCGCACUCCACCCUCGCCGCCGCCAACCUGAGCGAGAUGGUAAUGACGGGGUGUACACUGGAGGUGCUGAACUUUGAGCCUUCCUGCAUGGAGUUCCUGGAGGUUAUGGGCACUCCAGGGUGGGUGCUGCUUGGACUGGCCACCAUCGCUACCUCAAUUCUCCUGGCAGUGUUCUUCGAUACAGUGAAACACGUCAUUCGUUACUGCCACGUGCAACACAAGGAAACCACGGCUAUUGUGUUGACAGUAUACCCGGUUCUCGGUCUCUGCAGCUAUCUCGGUUUGCUCUUCCAAAAAGCGAAUCUCUUUCUGGACGCCGCCGCUCAGCUAUGGUUUGCCCUUUGCAUGUACCAGUUCCUCACCAUGACCCUCAAGUACUUCGGGGGCGAAACCCGGUUCGUGACCAAAACUAAGGGCCUUGUGCUACCCUGGAGGAGUCCCCCUUGCUGCUGCUGGCCGUGCUGGCAUUUUCUGUGCCCCAAGGAGACUGUCAAUAAGCGACAGAUCCGCUUCGUAAAGAUCUUGGUGAUGCAGCAUCCGUGGGUCCAGCUGGUGCUCUCCAUUAUUGGUCUCACGAUGUGGCUGGAGGGAUGGUACAUAAACAUGAGCAUGAAGCCAGACAACGCAUACAUCUACUUGUACAUCAUUUCUACCGUCUCCUUCACCUUCGGCCUUUGGGGCUUCAUCGUGGGCUUCAAGGCGUCCCUGCGGCAGCUUCAGGAGUUCCAUUACACCCCGAAGAUCGUCACAUUCCAGCUGUGUCUCGUGUUCCUGCGCCUCCAAGCUCUCAUCGUUAAUUCCAUCCUGGUACCGACGGGCGCCAUCCCCUGCCUGCCUCCUCUCUCCCCACGUGUCUUUGCCAAUGUCAUCCUAAACUCCCUCCUGCUGGGGCAACUUCUGAUCCUGGUGAUCGUAGCACGGCACUACUACAAGCUUCCUACGCCCCUGGUGGUGACUCUCUCCCAUGACGGCGUGGAGGAGAUUGAAAAGAAACAGUUCCCCCUGGAAGAAAACGGGAAUCUCAAGGAGGUGAAAGUGGAGGGGGAGAAGGACGGUGUUAUGCCGAUUGCAAUGCAGGAUACGAAUGGUUUGAUUGAAAAGUCUAUAGAGUGAUGGGCUUCUUGAGUUAUCUGGUAUUUUUUUCUGUAUUUAUUGUUAUCUUUUUUUUUUUUUUCUCUCUCUCUCUCUCUCUCUCUCUCUCUCUCUCUCUCUCUCUCUCUCUCUCUCUCUCUCUCUCUCUCUCUCUCUCUCUCUCUCUCACUCCUUGUUUGUGUUCUAUUAUAAUGUGUUCAUUCCAACACACACACACACACACACACACACACACACACACACACUAAAAACUGGGCAAGUGUAGAUAUGGAGACGAGACCACACGAACGUAACUCAGGCCCUGUAAAUUACAACUAUAUAGGUAAAUACAGCUAGGUAAACACACACACACACACACACACACACACACACACACACACACACCUUGGCACUUUCUAUAUAAGUAUAAAUCACAAAAGUGGUCCUGACUCUACUUGAAAAAGCACUUAUAACUUUGUAAGAAUAGUGUUUGUAUACUUUUAUUGUGCACGUUUUGUUUAUAAUGUUAUAGACUGAUUUUUGUAUGAAGUCUUGUCUGCUGUGAUUUUCUAUUAUUGUAAUUACACAUGACAUUUAUUUUGAAUUAUGUAAUGAGAAUUAUAAUUUUAGAUUAAAUAAAACAAAAUAUACACACA